AUGAACGAUAAAAAAAAUAAAUUUAUAGUAAAAAAUCCGGAAAAUGCAAAUUUUAAUUAAUAUUGGUAUUCUUCAAAAACAAUAGAAUUAUUAGUAAAUCAAACAUUAUAAAAUGGAAAAAUAUGUGCUUUUUUAUCAACUCCUAGUGUUUUUUAUUCAAUAUAAGAUUAAUAAUUUUUAAAAAAUUGUUUUUUAUUUGAAUAUGAUAAUAAAUUUGCUAAAAAUAAUACUAAUUUUAUUUAUUUUGAUUUUAAAAAUCCUUAAGAAAUACCUGUUUAAUAUCAUAAUUAAUUUGAUUUUAUUUUAAUAGACCCUCCAUUUAUUACUAGAGAUGUAUGGGAAAAAUAUUCUGAAGCUGCAAAAAUAAUAGGUAAAAAAGAUUAAAAUAAUGUAUUAAUCGCUAAUAUUUUAGCCUCUUCUAUAGAUGAAAAUUAGUAAAUGCUAUAAGAAUUACUUUGCUUAAAAAAAAGAAUCUCAAGGCCACUUAUUCCUAAUUUAGUAUAUUAAUAUUCUUUUUUUUCUAAUUAUGAUCAUGAAGAAUUAGAUGCUGUUAAUCCUGAAAUUGGAUUCUGA